AUGAUCGGUUUCAUCUACUUAUCGCUGCUGCUGUUGCAGGCCCUCUCCGUAGGCGCCGCCGAGCAGAACGAUGACACUACUACAUCAAUAAUACCAAAUGGCCCGUCAGAGAUUGUCACGAGCCACGAUGCAAGCCAUACGUACCGCGAACCCGGGGCGGACCACGUCGAUCUGGCUCUAGCAGAGCUGCGAAAGAUACAUCAGACGACACAUCAUAAGCGACGACGGAAGUCCGGCUUCCUUGGGACAAUUCUCAGCUACGCGUGGAAGGCUGUUCCGAGCCUGCGUAUCAGCGCUCCACCACAGGACACACCGGCGAAGGCAAUUAGCGGACCACUUCUCGAAGCUGUAAAGCAUCUCGAGACCGCAUCGCACAAGAACAACUCGGAUGCGCUGUACUUACUCGGUCAAAUCAACUUCUACGGCAACUAUUCGCAUCCAAGAGACUUCAAGAGGUCUUUCAAUUUCUACCAGCAGCUUGCAACCCUGAAUGGAAACGGCUCAGCGUUAUAUAUGCUUGGGUUCAUGUACUCGACUGGCGUGGGAGGAGCUGUUGAACGCGACCAGGCGAGAGCUCUGCUUUACUACACAUUUGCAGCUGUCCGCGGUCACACCAGAGCCGAGAUGACCGUUGGGAAUCGUCAUCAUGUCGGUAUCGGCACACCGAGGAGCUGUGAGUCGGCCACGAAAUACUACAAACGAGUGGCCGACAAGGUUAUGGAUUGGUACCGGUCUGGCCCCCCCGGAGGCAUGGCAUGGGCGCGUGAGGCAUCUCGAGUGGCGGAUGACCUCGGAGGCAUUUACGGUGAAGGUGCCAGUGUGUCCAGUUCGGGAAUCAACGCCAUCCGUGCCUCGCCCAAUUCUGAUGCCUAUGCGUCUAUCGAGGAUAUCAUUGAAUAUCUAGAUUUGAUGUCGAAUAAGGGCGACUUCAAGGCGUCUUUCAAUCUUGGGCGCAUUUACUACGAGGGCCAACGCGGUCUGGACCGGGAUCUCUCUAUGGCCAAGAAAUAUUUCUUUAUGGUAGCUAAGAAGUACUGGAAGAGCAAUGGCCGGGUUGACGAGAACUUCAAACCGGGACUAGACAAAUACGCUGCCAAGGCUGCAGGCUUCAUCGGCCGCAUGUACAUGAGAGGAGAGGGCGUAGAGCAGCACUUUGAUCGUGCCAAGUUCUGGUUCGAACGCGGUAUCUCCCAUGGUGGAGAUGCACAGUCUCAGUACGCUCUGGGUCUGAUGCUACUACAUGGCUACGGUGUUGAUAAGAACAUUGCCAAGGCCACCGAGCUUUUCAAGGCAUCGGCUGAUCAGGACUAUGCGUUCUCCCAAGUGGAGCUGGGCGUGCUCUAUUUGGAUCGAGGCCAACCAGAAGAUGUUCGGAUCGCCAAUGACUACUUUGAGCUAGCUGCGAGAUAUCAUCACAUCGAGGCCCAGUACUAUCUUGCCGAGAUGAUUCACUACGGCAUUGGACGCGACAAGGCUUGUGCGCAGGCUCUUGGAUACUACAAGAGCGUGGCUGAAAAGGCUGAGCCGCUCGUCUCAUCGUGGACAGAAGCCAAUCAAGCGUACGAUGAUGGGGACCAUGAGCUUGCCCUGCUCGGCUAUCUUCAUGCUGCUGAGGAAGGUUAUGAGGCAGCACAGAACAAUGUUGCGUAUAUGCUCGACCCGGAUCAGUCCAUACUGAUCAAAUGGCUGGAUCAAGCAGCCUCACAAAAGCCACAUGUUCUCCAAAACCCUUCACUUGCGCUAGUGUAUUGGACAAGAUCAUCCAAGCAAGGUAACAUUGACUCCCUGGUAAAGAUGGGAGACUAUUACCUCAACGGUAUUGGGACAGAGCGUGAUGUCGACAAAGCGGUCCAGUGCUAUACUGGGGCGUCUGAGUAUCACCAAAGUGCACAAGCCCUCUUCAACUUGGGCUGGAUGCACGAGAACGGGGUGGGUCUAAACCAGGAUUACCAUCUCGCCAAACGCUACUAUGAUAACGCACUCGCUACAAAUGAUGAGGCUUAUCUCCCGGUGACCCUGAGUCUCCUCAAGCUGCGCAUGAGAAGUGCGUGGAACACAUUUACACAUGGCCGUAUCAACUCCAUUCAGGAUGAGCCUUCUAAAAAGAAGGAGUGGUCUUUGAGCGAGUGGGUUGCCAACUUCAUCAAAGAUGAAGGAAUGUAUUAUGAGAUGGAGUUCGACGAUAUUUAUGACGAUGCAAUGCCGGGUGGGGAUGGGCCACAUAUUACAGGAGAAGACGAUGAAGGAUUCAUGGAUACCAUGAUCAUCAUGGCGCUAGCUCUGUCUCUUGCUUUCUUCAUCUAUUACAGGCAUCAACGAGAGCAGGCGGAGAAUGCUAGGCGUCGACGAGAGCAACAACAGGGAGGCCAGAAUGCCCCCGAGGCUGCUCCACCAGCUGCACAGAACAAUGGUGGUCUUUUCCCUCCUCCUGGAGACCCCAAUUUUGCACAAUGGGCUGCAGGUGGUGUGGGACAUUGA